AUGAGCCUAAUGUCUCUAUGUGGGAAAAUUGAGAACCACCUGACUGAGCUCUUGAUUGAGGUGGCUCAAACCAAUUCAUUAAAGAAAAACAUAUAUACAGACUGGGAUUGGAAGAUUAAGCUGGCUCUUCCAAAUCUUCUCAUUCCACCACUUUUUGGCAAGGGAACCCCAGUGGAUCAGGUCAAUCCAAGAGUGGGUGUUAAAUGGGAAGCGCUAGAGCCUAGAUGGUGCAAGGUAAACUUUGAUGGUGCUUCUGCAGGAAACCCAGGUCAAAGUGGUAUUGGGUGUAUAUUGAGGAACUCUGAUGGUAUCUAUAUAAAAGAAAUCUCUGAAAAGAUUGGAGUUGCCACUAACAAUGAAGUUGAAUUCAGAUCGGCUUUAAGAGGACUAUAG